AUCAUGUUGAGAAAAAAAAGGUCGCAUUGAAAAGCUUUAAAAAUAAUGAUAUGAAUAAUGGAGAAUUUAUUAAAGAGCUUAAACAAUUACAUGCUAUUAAUAUUCCUCCUAAUAUCAAUCAAUUUUACGGAAUUACACGUGAAUCAUCUCAAUUUAUUACAAACCGCAAUAGAGAACUUAUACCUGAAUUAGAUAAAACAAUAAAAGAACGAUCUCAAUUUUACAAAAAUAUGCAUAGUGAUGACUUAUCUAAAAUAUUUUUAAGAACGACAUGGUUCAGAAUGCCAUCUCUUCCUAGUCCGAAAGCCUCUGAGGACUCUCUACCAAAAACAUCAAGUGCGCCAUCUCCUCACCCCAGUCCGAAAGAUUCUUUGACUAAA